GACAGUUGGCGGUCGUUGGCUUAAGGUGUGCUUGUUGUUUGUGAUUCGUCAGAUAGAUGGUGCUGUGUUUUUGCGGGUUAUUGUGAGCGAUGCACCGUAACUGGUAACCGAUUACCGAGUUCUUGAGCGCGCGCGGGUUCUACCCACCGGAUGUCACCAAUCAAGCGUGACACUUGAGCCAGAUUGUGGUGGCCAGGGAAAAGAAUAGUUGGGCGCUAUCUACAUCACAACCGUGUUCGCGUUCCAGUGAUAUUUGGAGCGUUCGAGUGUGAGUGUGUAAUUCAGGUGAAAACUAGCAUUUCUCGUGAUUACGAUAAUUACGACUAUCGCAUCGUCAGUGGAUGGAAGAAGAUAAAAAAAAAGAAAAAGGAAGAGAAGAAACGGUGAAGAAAGCUAGAAGUGAUCCGCGUAGGUCCGCGUUCAACUCGAUUCGGCUCAACUCGCCACGCCUCGCCUCGCCUCACGCGCGCCUGGUCGGAAAAGCGAAGUAUGAACGACCUCGAAAUUGAAAUUUUGUGCCAACUUUAGCCGCUCCUUCUGAUUACGCCACAGUACCUUUCGGUUGGAAGUGCCCAGCGCGCUGAUCAAUGAUCGUGUCUUCGUUAGGCUUCAAUAAGCGCCGCCGUUUUGAAAGUUUUUCCUUUCCCUUUGCCCGGCCCUGCAUGGAAGUUUGCUACCGCAGUGAAAUUGUGAAAAACUGAUAACCACUUUUCCGCCACGGGGCUGCGUGUUGGCCCAUUCAGCAGGCAAUAUCCGAUCUGAUGUUGGGUUUGAAUCUAGAGCAGCAGCGCAGCACGCAAUGCGACCCUGAAACGUCAACGCGUCUCCGAACGCUCUCGCACCAGACAAUCGCGUGGCGGGGUGUGUUGUGGUAUUAGAAAACUGGGGCUUAGUGAAAAAUUAAUCAAAAUCCGUGCCUAAGCUUCCCAAAACGCGAACGGAAAAUUACUUUCCAAACUGCCGUGAUCCCAAACGACGAACCAUCGAGUGAAAUCGAAAACAAUCCGUCACUUAAUCCUACUCUCUCGAAAGUGAAACCAACCCUGUGUCGCCAUGACACAAAUUGCCCGUUGACAGAACCUUCGUCGCUGUCAAAUUUGAUCGAUGCAGAUGCAAAGCGUUAACGGUGGUACCGCUGGGCCGCCCAGCCUGGCGUCCACGAUGGGACCGCUCGGAUCGGAUCCCGGCUCACUCCAAUCCCUGCUUCCAAAUGGCACAACAAACGGCGGCACGUCUACACCGGCGUCUCCCCAGCAAACCCAGCCGAGUCAACCGCAACUCCAGCAUCACAUCAAUGGGGGCGGUCUGUGGGACAUUCCCACCGGAAAUGGCCUCAUGGGAGGCAGCAGUGGAGCGCCCUCGCUGUCUUCGCUGACCCGACUCAACAGUAUGGAAUGCUGGGAUUACACCAUCGAGCUCGAGUGUCUACGGGGUCCCGAAGAUCUGCAACUGGCUGCGGAGCUCGGGAAAACCCUACUGGAGCGGAACAAGGAGCUGGAGAGUUCGCUGAAGCACCAUCAGAACAUCAUCGAAGACCAGGCACAAGAAAUCGAGUACCUGACGAAGCAAAAUGGCGCCCUGCGAGAGGUCAACGAUUCCCGCAUGAAGAUCUACGAGCAGCUCGAAGUCAGCAUACAGGACCUCGAGCGGGACAAGUACAAGUUAGCGUUAGAAAACCAAUCGGAAAAGAAGCAUGUCAAGACCCUGUGUCGUAAUAUCGAAACUUUGGAAGCGAAGGUGGAGGAACUGAACAAAACACUCGACGAUUUUCGGCACCAACUGGAAGCAGAGCGGAAGAAGAAUGAUCGAUUGCGAAGCGAUGGCGCCGAAAACGGCGAAAAAAGUGCCAAGGAACUGGUCCAACUGCAGCCAGUCAACUUCGACGGGGACGAUGGAAAUGGUAGCGGACCGGACGAGGAUGAGAUAACCGAAAUUGACACGUCUAAACCGGAGAACUUUUCCUUCGCCUUCCGAGAUCAAUCCCACUCGACAGACGUGACGGACUGCAGCCAUACCGGGAACAGUUUCGCACUGCUCCAGGUACCCUCCGGCCAGCAGCAGCAUAUGACCGAUCUGAACCUGACAGAAGAGAACGAAGAACUGAUUCGGAUAAUGCAGGAACUGGAGAAAACUCGCAAAUGUUUAAUCGCAGAGCAGAACCGCGUUGCGGAAUUGGAAGAACAACUGGCUGCCAUCGCUCAGGAGAACCAAAUCCUGCAGAGCAAAAUAGUGCAAAUUAACACGACUGAAGAGAUGAAAUCCGUCCACGAGGAAUUGUCGAUCCUGGAGGAAGUUCGACAAGGCCAGAUGUGCACCCGCUGUCUGCGUGGUUUCGAGGACCGGGCGGACGACGAGUCCAUCAUCACCGGCACCGAGGACGACGACCGAAGCCUGAUGGAUCUGAUACAGAAUGCGGAUGCGCCGCAAGUUUACCGAUCUUCGGUGACGAUCAAGACUUCUUCUCCUAAGCCAGAUACCCUGGAUCUGUCGGGUACUAGCUCAAACAAUCCGUACCGGGAGUUGGUGGAGAAGUAUGAAGCGCUGCUGGAGGUCCAAAGGAAUUCCCUGAUGCGUAAACCCAGCGGCACUGGCGGCUCACCUCCGCAAGUAUCACAACCGGGGCACGCACCACCAGCAGGGCACCAGGAUGGCAGCACAGGAACGCAACCAUCGCUGCAUGAUGAGCUCGGAUCGGGAGACUUCAGCUCGCUGAACACCAAGUUUACCGACGAGGAUGGCAGCAAGAAGGAUGACCAGAGCAGCAACGGAACCCGGCGCAAGAUUGGGCUGCGCACCCCAACGGACUUCUCCGAGGCGGAAACGACCAGCUCUGGAUUUUCGGAUGAAAUCAGCAACAAAGCAACCCAGACGGACGAGCGUCCGAGGAACUUCCUGUGCACAAUCGCUGACGGAGAGGACUGUAAGUUCAGCAUCUACGAGGACCAGACGAUUAUAGAUUCCCGCUUCCGGUUCAGCCCUUCACAUCGGGAGCUCUUCCGGGAGAUAUUUGGCAUACUGAAGAAGGCCGCCGACAAUCGAGAUGAAGGUGAACAAUUGCCACUGUUGGACGAUCAAAAUCCGGCAGCAGCCGCCAAAGCUUCAACGGCCGCUCCGAAGGUUCCGCCAGUUACACCCGCUAACGAGGAACCACCGAGCGAGUUCGGAGACGAUACACAAAGCAUAAUUUCCUCCGCUGUCUCGGAGCAGUCGUUUGCCAUGUCCGAAUGUAUUACCCGUUCCGAGCGGAAGAAAAUCGAGAAGCAAGCCAAGUACGCGGAGAAACACGGUGGCGAACAGGAGAACAAACCACCGAUUGGAGUCGCUGCACUGCCCGAUGGUCGCAUUUUAACGCCGUACAAGCGUCAACCGUUGGAAUACCUCACCGUAGCCGUGGGGGUCAACAAGAAAAAAUCUCGUCGCCGUCGAAACCGUGGAUCCGCCGGUAGUGAUGCUAUGGAUCGAUCUGAUUCACCGAUCGCACUUCCAUCGCCUCCGCGAGUUUUCGCGAGCAGCGGCAAAAAGGGUCGCACCUCGUACCGCCCCUGGAACCCGAACACCACAGGCAACUCGGCGUCCUCCACGGCGGCAGCCAAUCCCGAAUGGAACGGCAACUCGAUGACCAUCUACAAUCGGGGCAUAAAUUCGCCAACACCUUCCGCUUCUUCGGUUACGCAACGCACUCCCAGCAGUGCUGGCCAGAACACAACCGUUUGGAAAUCCACGCCCACGAGUGCAACCGGCAAUCGUAACGUCAGCAGCAACAACAGCAACAGCAACCGUUACUCGGACUUGACAGACGAAAGCGGCGAGGUGGUAGAGUUCAAGCCCUCAUCCGCCAGUCACGAUUUGCACAAACUCAAAAAGCUAGACCUCUCGUACGCGGAAGUUCUGCGCCGGGCGGAUCACUGCAAACAUCACAACCAACGGCGUUCGCAUCACAACAAUCAAAAAUAAGAACCCCCUUUCCCUUUUUGACGGCGCGAACGCGCCACCCCUUGCAUGUAAGUUUUAUAUUUUUUUUUGUUCGUCUUAAACUGUGUUUUGUGUAACCAGACGAGAAGCCACGGCACGUUUUUACAUAUAUCCUCACGGACGGACGACUGUGUAGCCUUCGAAAUAUCGGGGCAAACGACAGCGAAAAUACCACUUGUCAUGCUUCGGCAUAAUUUAAUUGUGUAAAUUUAUACUAAUCAGAAAAAAAAUCUAGCAUCACAUAUUUAAGGCAACCUUUCUCAAAAACAAAAAGAAAAGCAAACUAAGGCAAACGUUAAAUCAGUAUUAGAGAAAUUUGAGCAUAUUUUCUAAGCUUUCGUAAUUUAACUUACACGCAGUCACACACAAACACACGAGGUAACGCCAUAUUUGUUGAACUUGUUUACCUAACUUUUUUUUGCGCCAAGUGUCUUGCAGUUCGACCCUGGCCAAAACCUAUUUAUUCGUGUUUUUGCUUUUAUUUUUAUAUAUUUAGCCAAUGUUGUUCUAUUAGAGCUUAGAAAUUUUCUGUAUAAAGGAUUUUCUUCUCUCCCAAUUUUUGUCGCUUCGUUCUAUGUUUUAUCAGCUAGGGUUAGGCGUAGCGUAGUUCCUUCAGCUCAAGGCAGCUCAAACAACGGAGGAACGGUUAAUCAUUUUAAUUAAGCAGCAGAAGAAAAAAAAACAUUACAUCCACAUUA